AUUUCAUCUCAUGACAACCUUCUCCAACAAAAUCCAGCGUCUGUUUCUGUUUUCUAUGUUUUUGAAAACCGGAAAGCCUAAACGAAUUCAUGGCUCAGGUCUCUUCGUCUUACCUUCACCUUCAGCACGAUUUAGACGACGAAACUCCGACACUAGAUUCUCUUCCCUACCGGUCUCACCCCGACUUCGAUAUCUACACUUCCGAUUCCGAAUCCCUGCCUUCAUAUUCUCGCAGUCAAUCAGACGUUCGUUUUCAUGAUGACGCCUCCGAAUCCGAUUCCUUGAUCGCAAACACCUCAGAUCUAUUCGAUCACCGUGAGAAUCAGGUUAAUUUCGUCAUGGAUCUGUUUCAGCAACGCGUGGAGCAAUCUCAGGUAAUCGGUGGUGGCGGCGGCGGUGAUGGUGGUGAUGAUGAUGAUAUUGGUAGUGGGUUAGUCUCGGAUCCUUUAAACGGGUCGGGGUUUGGUGUAAUUGGGGAAAAUAUUGACAUAGGUAUUGAACAUUUGGAUGUCGAUUUUAGUCUAGGGUUAGGGUUUGGGGUUUUGAAUAUUCGUGAGAGUAAUGAGGAUAAUUCUCGUAAUUGUAAUAACGUUAAUCUUAAUGUUUUUGAUUGUAACGAAGAUGAUUUCUCCGUUGAAGGGAGGGUUUCAGGUGAGGCGGGGUCCUCUGAUAUUCGGGUUAUUGGGUUUAGUUCAGAUUCGGAAUCUGAGGAUGGGAAUCAGUGUGACACUGCAUUAGGGGAUUUGGUUUGGCAUUCGGAGGUUGAGUAUUUGAGUGAAGAUCAUCUUGAUGAUGAUACAAGCGUUCGCCUUUGUCGGGAUCCAAAUAGGGAAACCAACGAGGAUUUUGAAUGGGAGGAAGUUGAUGGUCGUGUUGAUGAGAGGGAUAUUAUAAGUAGUAUAUUCAUUGAUGAAAAUGAUGAUGAGAGUUCAAUUUCGCUUUCGAUCUCCCCUAUAAUUGCUCCUGAGGAUGUUGUUAGUGUGGAAAGAGUAGGAGGAACUGGAAAUUUGGAGUGGGAAGUUUUGUUUGCUAAUAAUUUAGAGACAAAUCCUGAAAUGGAUAAUAAUAAUGAACUUUAUUUUGGUGAUCAUGAUGACUUUUUUCAUACUGCAGAGUAUGAGAUGUUUUUGGGACAAUUUGCAGAGAAUGAGAAUGCGUGGAUGGGUAGACCUCCGGCAUCAAAAGCUGUUAUUCAGAAUCUUCCUCUGGUAAUUCUGACCGAAGAGGAUGUAGAGAAUAAAAAUGCUGUUUGUGCUGUAUGUAAGGAUGAUAUUAGUGUUGGUGAAAAAGCAAAGCAAUUGCCGUGCACCCAUCGGUAUCAUGGCGAUUGCAUUACACCAUGGCUUGGGAUUAGGAAUACAUGCCCUGUUUGUCGCUAUGAGUUACCCACAGAUGAUCCUGGGUAUGAGAGGAGGAGAACCCAGAGAGCUUCUCGUGGCCAGUGACGGUAACUCAUGGUCACUUAUGAUUUUGAAAUUUCUUAAUGAGCACUAGGUUGUUUAAAGAUAUUGCUGGUGGGGAAAAAUUAAACUAUUUACGUGAAGAUUGUGAGAAAUUUUUUUGGUAUUUAAAUGUGUUUAAUGGGAGUAUAAGAAUGUUCAAUGACUACAUUUUAAAUAAUGAUUUUCAAUGUAUAUAUUCGUUGUGUUCUUCUUUUUUUUCCCUUAGGCACUGAAAUGUUUUUGGAACAAGUGUAAAAUGUAAUAUAUGCUGUUUUCAAAGCAUAAUUCUUUUUCA